AUGUAUUUAACAGAAGAGAAAUGUGCCACCAUUAAUUCAUAUUAUACUAAGCACUUGGCAGUAGGUAAGGCUACGGUAAUUGUGGUUAACGAUGCCAUAUUUGUUUCAGGGGAUUACUCUUUGGACAUUAGAGACGUGACUCUGGAUGACGAUGCCAAGUAUCAGUGCCAAGUCAGCUCUGGACCUAGAGGUGAGCCGGCAAUUAGGUCACGAUACGCCCGGCUCACGGUCCUCGUGCCACCGGAACCGCCGAAAAUCCUCGAGGGCAAUUUCUACUCUACAACCGAAGACAGAAUGAUCAAAUUGGAGUGUGUCUCCGUUGGCGGGAAACCACCGGCUGAGGUAAAGAAUUUGAGGAUUGUCGAUGAUUACUAUUUUCUUGUUUUCUUUUUUUUUAGCUUUACACUUUUACGGCUUCUGUGUCAACUAUUUCGGUUAUUACACGUUGAUGAUCAACACCAAAUUUCGAUUUUAAUUAUAUGUAAAAGAAAAUUAAGUGGUCCGAAUCCAAAUUGAUACCUAAGAUACCAAUUUGGAUUAAUAAGUAUAUAUACUAAUUUGAUCAUAUAGUCACAGAAACUAGCCUUUUGCCUCCAUAAAUAUAUUUAUAAUUGAUGACUGAUUUCUACAGCUUGCAUGCGAUGAGAAACAGCUAUGUUUUUUUUUUAAUAAUAAAUUAGCUUUACUCUCUAUUGGUAGUCAAGAGUUUUGAAUAGCUAUUAUUAUUCAAUUUUUUUCCAGGAUAUUUCUUUAGUAAAAUAAUUUUACUUGCAAAAAUUAAUUAGUAGAAUUUAACAAAAACUUG